GCCCAGUAUUUUGUAAUUCACCUGCAUGCCAGUGUGUGGGAAAAGACCAUACAGCUCAGAGCAGAAAGGUUGCCAGUGGAUUACAAGGCUGUGCAACAAUCACAGUUAUUUGUGGAGCAAGUACCAAACUAACCAUAGGUACGUCUUGUAAGAAAAGACUUGCCUCAUAUUUUGUGCACUGAGAAAGUUUGAAUAAGGUGGUCGCUGUGAAGUGUCCAUUACACACUUUGGUUCAGUAGGCUUAAAUUGAGGCUGUUGGACUGCCAACCAUGAGUGCUGGGGAUCCUGAGCAUAUCACCUAUCUAGCCGAAAAUGAACUGAUGGGGAUGGAUGCUUUCAUCCACCGCAUUGACUCUACUGAGGUGAUCUACCAGCCAAGGAGAAAGAGAGCAAAGCUGAUUGGAAAGUACUUGAUGGGGGACCUGCUGGGGGAAGGAUCAUAUGGCAAAGUGAAGGAGAUGCUGGACUCAGAGACACUCUGUCGCAGGGCUGUAAAGAUACUAAAGAAGAGGAAGCUGAGGAGGAUUCCCAACGGAGAAGCCAAUGUGAAAAAGGAGAUUCAGCUGCUAAGAAGACUACAACAUAAAAAUGUGAUUCAGUUGGUUGAUGUGCUCUACAAUGAAGAGAAGCAGAAAAUGUAUAUGGUGAUGGAGUAUUGUGUAUGUGGGAUGCAAGAAAUGCUGGACAGCGUCCCAGAGAAAAGGUUUCCAGUAUUUCAAGCUCACGGGUACUUUUGCCAGCUCUUAGAUGGCCUUGAAUAUUUGCACAGCCAGGGAAUAGUUCACAAAGACAUUAAACCAGGGAACCUACUGCUGACCACGGACGGGGCGCUCAAGAUCUCUGACCUGGGAGUAGCAGAGGCCCUUCACCCUUUUGCAGAGGAUGAUACAUGUCGUACCAGCCAGGGCUCCCCGGCCUUCCAACCUCCAGAGAUUGCCAAUGGCCUGGACACCUUUUCAGGGUUCAAAGUGGACAUCUGGUCCGCUGGGGUAACGCUAUACAACAUUACAACGAGUCUUUAUCCAUUUGAGGGGGACAACAUCUAUAAGCUAUUUGAGAAUAUAGGAAAGGGAGACUACACUAUUCCCGAGGAAUGCGGCUCCCUCCUGUCAGACCUGCUGCGAGGAAUGCUGGAGUAUGACCCUGUUAAGAGGUUUUCCAUACAGCGUAUAAGGCAACACAACUGGGUGCGUAAGAAACACCCUCCCUCUGAGCCCCCCGUGCCCAUCCCUGCCAGUGCGGAGAGCAGGGACCCUUGGCGUAGCAUGACAGUGGUGCCCUACCUGGAGGACCUGCACGGCUAUGGUGAGGAAGAGGAGGAUGAGCUCUAUGACGGAGAGGAUGAGAUCAUAUACACUCAGGACUUCACAGUGCCAGGACAAGUAGCCGAGGAAGAACAGGAUCAGACGAAUAUGGACCACAGUCGAGCUGUGGCCAAGCCAGUUUGCGUGAACGGGACGGAUGGGGGAUCUCUGAACAACAAGCCCAAAGCUGAGCGGCGUUCCUCUUCCUCUUCCAACCCCUCACGCAAGGGCGUUUCCACAGCAAGCAAGAUCCGCAAGCUCUCCACCUGUAAACAGCAAUGACCGAGCCUCUAUACCACCACUACCAUUGGUAACCCACCUGGUUGAACUACUCCUGUCCCGUCUGCCUCCGGAGCCCCUGCAGCAGUGAAAGAACCUUGGCCAAUAUUACACCCCCCCCCCUUUUUUUUUUCACCUGGACCACUGGCCUGCAAACUCUUAAGAGGAUGCCACACAAGCGAUGAAGAGAGGGAAUGCAGGAGAAAGAGGGGUGGAGCAGCAGAAGGAGGGCAGCGUGAAAUGUUCUUUUUGCUCUGAGACUGAGCUACUGGAUGUGAAGAGGUUGUGUGGAUUUUUUUUCUUUUUCUUCUUUUUUUUCUCUUUUUGUCAUUUAACUCCUUCAUCAACUCAAAGGAAGCUCAUCCAGAGCCCCCAUCCUCACUCCUCCACCCCCCGAAAAUCCUCCUCCGCCAGGCUUUGCUGUGACAUGGCGAGAAUUACACCUGACAUUACAAGCACCAUCCCACCCGGCUCUCUUUCUCUCUCCUUCCACUCAGCUCUCUCCUGGAAUUUGUUAGACUACCUUUGAUUUGACUUCAUCAUACCCUAACUGCAGUUUUUCAGACACAUUGUGAUGUGUUUAAAAAAAAAAGAGAAUGAUGUUGAUAACAAAGAUGAUAUGAUUAAUUCUAUAUUUAAAAGUAUGAUGAGAGUAAUGAUGAUAGUACUAUUACCAACAUAAAAACUGCAUGCUGUUCGGAGCUGAAAGAGGGAAGUACUCUGUUUAAUGAACAGACUAAUGGACUGAAGCCUUGACAUCCACCGUUGAUUUGUUGAGGUUUAUGGAUUUUGCUUUCCUUUUUAGGUUUUGUUUUCUCCCCCCCCUUUUUUUCCAAUAAAUAUUUUUUAAUUAUUAUUUAUAUAAGACAUGUCCCGACCCGACUGUUUUGUUGGCUGAUCUUUUCCACUGUUCUUGGGUUGAGUGUACUGUCAU